GCUUGUUUUUAUCAGAUGUGCGUACGAACGAGUCGAUAUAUCUUGAUGAUCAAGACUAUUCAAAUUGACGCGCGCUACCAAUUCGAAGUAGAGAAAAUUUCAAGAGAAAGCCAGCAUGUCGAGAAGAAGAGUUAUACUCCCAGGGAGAUUUGCCGACGAAAACAGGUGGUAUGUGAUACGAUUCUCGCAGACAAAGAACUCAGCCCCCCUGGUAAAAUCACAUCAAUUAGAGGAGACAGGGGAAACGAGGGAGGAGAAAGUCCAAACACCUUAGACAGAUGGUGUCAUGUAUCAUAUGGAGAGAUUGAAUUUGAAAGUGCAUUUGCCAUUACAACAUUGGGGAUGGACAACAUAGACAUUCAUGAUUGUGAAAGCUAUAAAUACAAAGACUGGAACCAUGUACUGUGCUGUUAAAGAAAAUAGACUAUCUAAGUAGACAUCCAGUGCAUUAUUUCAUUUAAUUCAAAAGUCAACAUUGUGUAAUUUUUUUCAUGGAUGACAUUGAUUAUUUGAUCUGAAUUUGCAAAAAUUGGAUUGAGUGGGAAUAAGUGCUGUGAUUUCAAAUGAAAGCCAUGAUAGACACAUUGCUUUUUCAUCCAGAUGUAAGUAAAAUCAUAAAUGCAUGUUUUCAAUUCAUAUAUUGAAAAUUCAGUUUAUUGGAAAUGACUGACUUGUGGGUAAUUAUUAUUUUAUUUUUUUUUAUAAUUAAAAAACUUAUAUUAUUGGGAACAGUAUAAAUCUAUGGCCAAUUCUCUAAAUUUGAUGUGUUUUUUAUGCAUAUUAAAUCAAUAUAAAU